UCGCCAUCUUUCUUUUGAUUAUGUAAACUGUUGAGAUAUUACAGCUUCAGCCAAACUUAAUACCUACAGAUUUACGUUUAACCAUGGAGGAAGAUUCUAUGGAUUUUCCAGAUUUGUUUCUCGCCAGUGAAGAAACAGAUCUUCCUUUCAGCUGUUCGUGGGUUGUUGGAAACGUUUCAUCUGCGAAGAAGAGCAGCGAAAUGGCCGACAGAGAUGACAAUCGCGAUAUUCAAGAUCUUUUCGACGGAGAGACAAGCCAAGAAGUACACCAGGACGAUGACAACGCGACCUCAGAGUCAUCAGACGAUGAAUCGAUUCCUAAAAAUGUUAAAAUAUUGAACGACGAAGAAAUUGCGAACAUGCGAGUGCAAGAAUUGAACAGGUUUCUGCGAAAUGUUCCUUGGGACGAGGCCAAGAAGAUAAGAAAACGAAGACGCAACUUAAAAAACCGGGGUUACGCCCUGACUUGCCGUCUUCGAAAACAGCAAGAACAGGAAGAUCUUAUCAACGAGAACACUUCGCUGAGAAAACAAGUGGAAGAUGGAAGAUGGUCAUUACUGAGAGCUUUGAAAGAGAAAGAGACUUACAAGAAAAAGUAUAUGGAGUUGCAACAAUCCUUUACGCUGUUUAAACAGAGCAUGGUAACCCCGAGAAAAGAUGCCUGAUUCGGGUGAUAAAAUUUAGCUUUUGCGAAGAUGUAUUGUUUGUAACAUGCAUAUGGCACCUUUUUUUGUCAAAAUUAAAUGUAUUUAAUGACUAAUCGUUCGCAGAACACAUGCAUAGCCUCAGAGACAUCUUAACUAUUCUACGAAGGAGGAAUUCGAGAAAGCUGGAAAAUUUGCAUCUGCUAAAGAAGUAAAAGAUAUAAUUGCUCAGAAGAUUAAAUAAAGUCAUUUCUGUAAAGAUGUAAGAUGCGUACAUAUUGAGAGUCAAGCGGUUGAAAUAAAGCUUAUGGUCCAUUAAACAGUCAACUUUAUAGAUAUAGAGA